AUCCUUUACGAAAAGCGAGAACCAAAAGGCGAGACGUUCUCAUGUCGCAAGAUGAAGAAACUGCCUCACGAUUGGUUAAUUCAAGAGGCUGCUUUCACCAGGCAGACAUUUCUUUGAUCAAAGCAGGAGGACAUCACGAUAAUUGUGAAAUGAGCUGCGUCUGUUAAACUGAAGACUGAACUCACCCGCACCGCGUGAAUUACGACUCUUGACAAUUUUUCAGAUGGAAAACAAAAAAAUCAGAGGCAAUCGAAUGGACGAUGAUUUACGCGAGAGGAAGAUUUCAAGAGGUUUGGUGCGACAUGUUUUGACAAGGAACACUGGUGACAGGAUUGCUUUGGGGAGAGUAACAAAACAACUCGACAAAGAAAGGAUAGCAAAGGAAUUGGAUUACCAACAACAGAAACAGAAGCUUCUACUCCAGAAGUUUGAAUCUCAGAUGAAAGAGCGAUCCGCGAAGGAUUCUCAAGAAACAUCAAACGAGCUCGAUGGCACAGCGGGGUUGCGAAAGGCGACUGGAAAACAUGUCAUGUCGCGGUAUAGAAGUUAUUCCGAGCUGGAAAUGUCGAGCUCGCAAUUGCAAAGGUUGAAGUGUUCUGCAGAGAUUCCUGAGGCGCUUGAGAAAAAAGCGAAAACAAACAGGGCACUCAAUUAUUCGCGACUGGCAGUCGAAAAGAGAGCAAACGAAACUAACCGGCCGAGGUUACGCAAAACAGGAGUGAUUAAAGCUCCGGAGCGUUCAGGCCUUGUUGAGGAAGUGAGAAUGAAGCGGACUAAGACGCUAUCAGAUAUUUUACCUCCAGUUAUUCUUCCACCAAUAUUUCAAUCUGGCGCAAGUUCAUUGGAAAAGAGAACUGUUCUGGAGAACCAGCGGACACAAGCAAAAGAAUCUUUUUCCGAGGGUUCUGGCUCUAAUCAGACACCAAUGAUGACUGAGAUAAGAAAGUUGGAGGACCUGGAGGACUGUCGAUAUCUUAGAAAGAGCAAUUUUCGAUAAGCUCAGCUAAGCAUGUAUAACCAUGUGAUGCAGGAGUAAAAGUUUUAUUUUAAACUAAUUCCUUUUGUGUAGACGAAGGAAGUGAAAUUAGUUACUGAAGGGGAAAUUAAAGAAUCAAAGGAAGGGGGGUACGAUUUCAAACUUUACGGACCAUUUAUUUUCUAUCAACUGGGGGGGGGGUGGUCUUAGGAAUUUUUUUGGGAUUACAGAGCUUCAGGGGUGGAUCAGAUAAAUUUCAUGGUGACACAACCAAAAAUUCUCCAACUCACCCUCCCCCCUCCCCCAAGUAAUAUAUCAUGACCGGUCCCGGUCCUGGUCCCGGUUUAUUUUGAAAAUUAUUUCCUUGCGGUCAUUAGGCCUUCACCCUCCAUGUUGUGCAUAUGAUCCGAAGCAUGGAAUAUAUAUUGGAAAAAUAAAGAUUGGGUAAGAUAUAAACAUUUCAAUUUAAUCACUGUUACACCCUUACAUUGACCAGUGAAAUAAACUCGCUAACACUUCUCUCGGAUCUUACGCAUCUUCAGACUUUUAAGAUGCAUUAAGAUGCAAGACUCUAACGGAAACACGUCAAGAUCUCAAAAAGGCAACUACUGCUUGACACAUGAUCACUCGCUAUUUAAAUUAAAUGAAUAUUUUUUGUUCAUCUGAAGGACUUCUGUACUGUUUAAUGCUGCUCAAAUCAAGUAUUGAGUAGCUUAAUGGCACCUAUAUUGAUAGGGUCCUAUAAUUAGAAAUAACUAGCUGUACCUAAUGUGAUUCUUUGCAUUGAGAAGCACGAAUAACACAGUUGGCAUGGCCUUGAAAGUUAAAAAUGCUGAGUUCUGCAUUCUUAAACUAGUCAGACCCGGGUUCAUCCACUUUGUUUCAUCUUUUCUGCGGACCCACGGUUCAACAGGUGUUUUGUAUCUAUUGUACUUCUGGGCGGGCAUAAUGGAUUUUGUUUAUAAUGCUGGUUUUGUUCCUAACUAAUCAUUGUCAAACCACAAAUACAUUAAGCAAUUACAAUCAAGAAAACUACAAUCAAA